AUGACUGAGAGCUGUCCCGAGUUACUGCAUCAGAGGCAUUGUUUUUGCCAAGCCUCUAUUUUUUGGGUUUUUUUUUACAACCCAGUAAACUCUUGCAGUCCUGCAGUUGAUGUUCUUAUUGUAGAGUACAACACCUCUGUUGUGUCAUUGCCUUUUGUUUGA